UUUCCACAAUCACAGCUCUGUGGUUCAAUAUUUCUUUGAGACGGCGAGACCACCGCUUCAGACGGCAAGCGUUUUUCCAGAGUCGCGUUUCAAUGGAUUCUUCUACAGCUGAUUCGAGUUUGUCGGUGGAGUCUAUCACCGAUAAUCUGAAAAACCAGAGUUUAACUGGAGACAAGAAGAUCCCCUUGAAGCUCGAAGAUCUUAACUGGGAUCAUUCCUUCGUGAGAGAGUUGCCUGGGGAUCCCAGAACCGAUACGAUUCCGCGACCGGUACUGCGUGCUUGUUACACAAAAGUGUCUCCAUCUGCUGAAGUGGAGAACCCUCAACUUGUUGCAUGGUCAGAAUCAGUCGCUGAGUUGCUUGAUUUGGAUUUUAAAGAAUUUGAGAGGCCAGAUUUCCCACUAAUAUUCUCAGGGGCAUCUCCUUUAGUGGGAGGGUUGCCUUAUUCCCAAUGCUAUGGAGGACAUCAGUUUGGCACGUGGGCUGGUCAGUUGGGUGAUGGUCGUGUAGUAACUCUUGGGGAGCUUCUGAAUUCUCGAGGUGAGAGGUGGGAGCUGCAGCUCAAAGGUUCUGGUAAGACUCCAUACAGCAGGUUUGCAGAUGGCCUGGCAGUUCUGCGUAGUAGUAUCCGGGAGUUCCUCUGCAGUGAAGCAAUGCACAGCUUGGGAAUCCCAACAACCCGUGCACUUUGUCUUGUCACAACUGGCAAAUAUGUAUCCAGGGACAUGUUCUAUGAUGGUAAUCCGAAGGAAGAACCUGGUGCAAUUGUCUGUAGAGUAGCUCAAUCCUUUCUACGCUUUGGUUCAUACCAAAUACAUGCCUCCAGAGGCAAAGAAGACCUUGACAUUGUUCGUGUUUUGGUGGACUACACCAUCCGGCAUCACUUUCCUCAUAUUGACAAGAUGAGAAAGAGUGAGAGCCUAUCUUUCCAGAGUGCUGCGGAAGGUUCUUCUGUUGUGGAUUUGACGUCCAACAAGUAUGCAGCUUGGGCAGUUGAAGUUGCCGAGCGAACUGCUUCGUUGGUUGCAAGCUGGCAGGGAGUCGGAUUCACCCAUGGUGUGCUGAAUACUGAUAACAUGAGUGUUCUUGGUCUCACCAUUGAUUAUGGUCCCUUUGGCUUUCUGGAUGCUUUUGAUCCAAGUUUCACCCCAAAUACUACAGAUCUUCCAGGGAGAAGGUACUGUUUUGCAAAUCAACCAGACAUUGGCCUAUGGAAUGUUUCACAGUUCACUGCAACUCUAUCAGCUGCAGAUUUAAUUAAUAAGGAGGAAGCAAACUUUGCCAUGGAGAGAUAUGGAACCAAAUUCAUGGAUGAGUAUCAAAAUAUAAUGACCCGUAAACUUGGCCUUCCAAGAUACAAUAAACAGUUGAUCAAUAAACUUCUCAACAACAUGGCAGUUGAUAAAGUUGAUUACAUAAAUUUCUUCCGGUUGCUUUCUAAUAUUAAAGCAGACCCUAACAUCUCUGAAGACCAGCUGCUGGUUCCACUUAAGUCUGCUUUACUAGAUAUCGGCAAGGAGCGCAAGGAAGCAUGGAUUGGCUGGGUUAAGAGCUAUAUACAAGAGCUUGCUGCUAGUGGCGUCCCGUAUGAGCAGAGGAAGGCUGCGAUGAAUUCUGUAAACCCCAAAUAUGUUCUACGGAACUAUUUAUGUCAAAGUGCAAUAGAUGCAGCAGAGCAAGGCGACUUUGAAGAGGUCCGUAGGCUGCUCAAGGUUAUGGAACGGCCAUAUGAUGAUCAACCGGGAAUGGAGAAAUAUGCACGAUUACCUCCUGCAUGGGCUUACCGGCCUGGUGUGGGCAUGCUGUCUUGCUCUUCCUGAGGCAACCAUAGCAGAAUCAACUACGAGCUGAAGCAUUCAUAUUUAAUGCACGCCAUGAACGUGAAGACUGAUUUCAGUUUUUUGCCGCCCUAAUCAGCAUGAUUGCCAUCAGUUGGUGAAGCCCAACUGGUAGGUGAAGAGUUGUAAGAGUAAAAUGUGGGUAUUAUAAGUGAUCAAUGAUAUAACUCUAGUGAUGCUGGACUGGGAUAUCUGAUAGUUGCUGAGACAGAUUGGUUGAGGUGGUAUCUGGCAGCGCAAUGAACAUAGGUGAGGUUGGAUGGUCUCUUGUCAAAAUUUAAAGCAUGCCAUUGGCAGUGGUCUGUGAACUUGUUUUGUUAGUCAUGUUGUUUAUUAUCAAGAGUUAUCUAGGAAAUUGAUGCUUUAGGCAAGCUAACUUUUGUGGAAA